UAGGAUUGUUAUUGUCUUCCGCUGCGUGUUACGAACACCUAUACGCAAUCCUACAAAAAUUAGGGAUGGUAUUUCCUUUAGCUUCUUCUUAUACUCCGUACUGCAUGAUUGAAUCCAAUAUGAUACUAUCUUAGAUCAAGUUUGUAUAAGAUUAUUAUCUUUCAAAUUUUACAAGUGAAGGUGGGAGCAUGAAACUCGAAUAUGCAGUAAUAGCAUUAUGUCAUUAACUACAGUGCAAAACCAAGUCUGGUGCUUGAGAGCAUUACAUUGACUAGGAUAACAUUCUCCGAAUGAGGCUCAAUCAAUUGGCUGUGGUAAAGUGUACCUUUUCUGGUACAAUCUUAAAGCUCCUUAUUAUGCAUUGAGAGAUCAUUUCUGUCAGGUUGCAAGAAGUUCAAGAACGAGAUGAUAUCACUGUCGUUGAUUCCCCCUCUUUAAAUGAAUUCAAUAAACUUUCUUUAAAGUUGCUCAAACAUGUGAUCUUGUUGUCUGUUAAUCUCAUUCUUCCCACAAGGCUUGACGAACUCCUAAAUAUACGUAUGUUGGGGCAAGGAGUUGGACAACAUGGAUGAUAGAAAGUUUACCCUUGAUUUAAUGCUUUACCUGGAGUCUUGUGUUUAAUUAUCUAGUAACUGCCAGGUCAGGCAUGGGGUCUCUGCAGAUUCUAUCAGACAAACAAAGUCAGAAACUAGCAGAAAACAUGAUAUACAUUAAAGAGUUGGAAGAUAGAGAAAUGAUGCUUACUCAAAAGGUCGAAGCACUCGUAGUAGAAAAUAAAGACGCUUAUGAACAAAUCUCUAGAUGGAGAGAAGCUUGUGAAAUGGAAGUGGCAGCUGGAAAGAAAGCUAUUAAGGAGCACGAAGAACUGGUUAAUAUUCUGAAACAAGAAUUGGAAAAGACAAGAGCUGCUUCACGUAUUUCCAAUAGCAAGUUGCAGCUGAAAGAUGAACUAGUGGCGACAGCCAUCGCUGCUAGGGAGGCAGCUGAGAGUUCUCUCCAACUUGCAGACAGCAGAGCUACUGAGCUACAUAAGCAGAUUGAGGAGCUAACAAGACAAUUAGAAGAAGUAGAGAAAAGGGAGCGAAUAAAUCGCCGUAGACUGAGGCGUUUGUGUUGGCCAUGGCGAGGUCUCAAGUUUGGCACUGCUAAUAAUACAACUGGUGUACGAAACGUGACAAGGAUGCUACCAGAAAUGCAAGCACUACUCCGUUAAUAUUUGAUUCUCACUCUCCACCAAGCCUAAAGUUUUUUUUUUUGGGUUUUAAUUUCAAAAAGAAAAGUUAAUAGUCUUUAUUUAGAUGUUGUACAUGAAUUUCUGCUUGUUAUUCUUCUCUCUCUUCCCUUGUUUUGGCCCAUUGUACAGAAAUGAUCACGACUGAGCCAGAUGCUCUAUGGGCUGAUUUAUCGAUGCCUUUUUGGGAUAAGUUUCACACAAAACAGUAGUGAAGGUAACAGCUUCAGUUGGAUAA